GAGCUGCAAUAGCUGUUGAUUCCACUGAAAAUAUCUUUGGUGCAAUAAAACGUAUACCUUGACAUAUUGUUUUAAACAUUGAAAAUCCACUCAUUUUACCUAUAAACAAAUUCAUACAUAGUUAUGAAAAAUAUUAUAGAACCAACAAUUUCAUUAUCAAUAUCAACACACGCAAGAUACUGAAAUUACAAAAAUAUAAGGUUAUUUUAAUUUAAGUGGUAUAAAAAUAAUGUAACUUACCAAUAAUCGUUGACAACACUUGAAUUUACGAAAAUGUAUUUAUUGAAUAAAAUGUGGAUAAUACAACGUGAUAAACUCUAUUACUUUUUAAUUAAAUCUACAAUCAAUCAAAAUGCGUCCAGAACCACGGAACAUUAAAGCCUUGACCACAUGUACUAUUUUGUAGAUGCACAAGAAGUCAUUUUUUGAAGUGUCUUAUUGUAAUAUUGAGUAUUUUAAAAUGAACAAGUUAGUAUCAAACUAAUUCACCUACUUAAAUAAAUGUAAUGUGUUGCAUAAAUAACAGUUCUAUUUAUGUUGCGCUUGAAACAAGUUGGUUUUACUAAAUCUUUGAGAAAGAUUUUUUCAGUUGAAUACUUCAAUUUAUGCAAAUAGUUAUAUUGUAUUUCUUGUUUCCUCUACAAGAUAUUCUCGAUACAUUUAUUAAUUAAUUUGUUAUGUUAAACAUCGUAUUGUAUCGUAGUGAAUUUAUACGUGGUUUAUGUAAUUUGUAAACGGUCAAAAUGUUAUUACGAAGGAUAAACAAUUUAUUACAAAUUCCCGUUUCUACUCAAAAGAUCAGUCAUCGGUACUUAAAUUUUGUACCUGUUGUAGUAGAACAAAGUGGAAGAGGUGAACGAGCAUAUGAUAUCUAUUCACGUCUUUUAAAAGAGCGGAUUAUAUGUCUAAUGGGACCGAUCACAGAUAGUGUAUCUUCUGUAGUAAUAGCUCAACUAUUAUUUCUACAAUCAGAAAGUAGUAAAAACCCAAUCCAUAUGUACAUUAAUUCACCUGGAGGCAGUGUAACGGCAGGUCUUGGUAUAUAUGAUACCAUGCAAUAUGUUCUUCCUCCUGUUUCAACAUGGUGUGUAGGACAGGCCUGUUCCAUGGCAAGUUUAUUAUUGGCUGCAGGAGCAAAAGGCAUGCGUCAUUCAUUACCUAAUGCAAGAAUUAUGACGCAUCAACCUUCAGGAGGAGUAUCUGGUCAAGCUACAGACAUACAGAUACAGGCUGUAGAAAUUUUGAAACUUAAGAAGCAAAUAAACAACUUAUAUGUAAAACAUACAGGGAUGGAAUUGGAGAAGAUAGAACGUUCUAUGGAAAGAGACAAUUUCAUGAGUCCAGCACAAGCAAAGGAAUUUGGGAUAAUUGAUAAAAUUUUAGCGCAUCCUAUGCAAGAAGAAGAAGAAGUCCAAGAGACAAAAUCAGAAGAUACUACUCUUGAAGUUACUACACAAUCUUAGUGCUAGGACUGAGAAACAAGUCUUAAUUAAAAUUACGAAAUUUUAUUAAAACAUAUAUUUAUCAAUAUUUAAAGAUAGCAAUAAAAUAUUUUUAAAACAA